UUUUGCCAACUUCUGAUCAAAAAAAUAAUGUGAAACCCGUUGCUUUUAUUGACUAUAUUUUUCUGGGUUUUUACUUUCCAUGGAAGUCAUUGGUAGAAGUUACGUCUUGGGUUCGGUUUAUUAUUUUUCGGCCUCGUUUGGUCGAGAAAUAAGUUAUCAGUUAUUUUAAAAUUAUUAUGAGAGUGUUAAUAUUGAAGAAAUGUAAAAAAAUGAAUUAUGCGAAAGAGCCCUUAUGUUACGUGUUUUCUUUCUUGUUUUCUACUGUCAUCUUGCUGUCGUAAUUGCGUAGCUAGUUUGCCGGUAUUAGGAUAAUGCAGAACAACCAGAGUCCUUAUUUUUAGUCGGUUAUGUAUGUAUGUAUGCCUUUUUGUUGAUUCUUGUGGAGAAAGAAAAAAAGUUGUAAUUUUUUUUUGGUCAAGGGAUUUGAGAUAUUUGGUGUAGAAAGGGUUGACUUUGAUGGGUGGAAAGAGUUCAAGAGAGGAUAGUUGGAGGCAAACAUCAUCGACUAGAUCUUCUUGGAAUCAAUACGAAUAUCCUCCAACUCACUCAUCAUCAUCUUCUUAUCCUCAAGAUAGUUAUAGUUAUUCAUCUCAGCAGCAGGCUGUUCCUUCCUAUGCACCUCCACCACCCCACCAGCAAGCUGUUCCUUCCUAUGCACCUGCACCACCCCAACAGAAUUAUGCCUCUCAUGCUUCAAGACCGAGGCUUGACCGGAGAUACUCGAGGAUUGCAGAUAAUUAUAAUUCCCUGGAUGAGGUGACUGAAGCCCUUGCACGAGCUGGCUUAGAGUCUUCGAAUCUAAUUGUUGGUAUCGAUUUCACCAAGAGCAAUGAAUGGACAGGUAAGAGGUCUUUUGGUAAUCGGAGCCUACAUCACAUUGGGCAGAAUUUGAACCCCUAUGAGCAAGCAAUUUCUAUAAUUGGAAAAACCUUGGCAGCAUUUGAUGAGGAUAACUUGAUUCCGUGUUUUGGAUUCGGAGAUGCAUCAACUCAUGAUCAAGAUGUAUUCAGUUUCUUUCCCGAUGAAAGGUUUUGUAAUGGCUUUGAGGAAGUUCUGUUUCGUUACAGAGAAAUUGUUCCCCAGUUGAAGCUUGCAGGACCCACGUCAUUUGCCCCAGUCAUUGAAAUGGCCAUGACAAUAGUUGAGCAGAGUGGAGGCCAGUACCAUGUUCUAUUAAUCAUCGCAGAUGGGCAGGUAACUAGAAGUGUUGAUACCGGACGUGGACAAUUAAGUCCCCAGGAGCAGAAAACGGUGGAUGCAAUUGUACAAGCAAGCAAGUUUCCCUUGUCAAUUAUACUGGUUGGGGUUGGCGAUGGACCCUGGGAUAUGAUGAAGGAAUUUGAUGAUAAUAUUCCUGCUCGGGACUUUGAUAAUUUCCAGUUUGUCAAUUUCACGGAGAUCAUGGCCAAAAAUGUGCCUCAAUCUCGAAAGGAGACGGAGUUUGCUCUUUCAGCGUUGAUGGAAAUCCCUUCACAAUAUAAAGCGACGAUGGAACUGCACCUACUGGGUGGGCAAAGUGGAAAAUCUCCCAGUAGGGUAGCUCUUCCCCCUCCUAUGUAUGGGGCAACUUCUGUCGGUGCUUCAAAGCCCUCGCGUGCAACGAGUUUUCAGCAGCCUACAAGCUCUUAUUAUGGUUAUGGAAGCCCUGCAGAUGCAGCUCCGCAUUUUCAGCAGACUUCAAGUUCUUAUUAUAAUAGUGCUCACCCAGUUGACACUGUUCCAUCUGCUCCUAGCUCUCCCUACAUUGCUCCCAGUUCUACAUAUGACAAUCAGGUUUGCCCCAUUUGCCUUACCAACCCAAAAGACAUGGCUUUCGGCUGUGGGCAUCAGACAUGUUGCGAUUGCGGGAGAGCGCUUGAGAAUUGUCCAAUAUGUCGAAGUUCAAUUCAAACCCGAAUAAAGCUCUACUGAGCGAGUUGUUUUGUCCCAGAUUCCUUUUGCUGCUCCAAUCUCUGCUAUUCUUUUGAUCAGUUUGGAUGGUGAUGAUGCUGAUUUUUUUAUUUGUUGGAUAGGCGUUGACUCAAUGUCAAGGUGGAUUUUAUUCUGUAAAUGAUUUGGUGACAGUAUAGAGGCUUCAAGAUCCCCUGAUAUCAGAAGAUUUGUAAAUCAACUAUUUAUUUGUCGCAUGCAAUGUCCUGCAAGAGUCUUGUGCUUCUAUUUAAGACCUAAUACAAUUUCAAUAUGUUGUACCGA